AUGAACGGAGGUGAGCACAAACACAUACACAAGGAGAACAGGGAACAGCUGGGAGACACAGCUGAGGGCAAUUACACACGUGACAAAACGGGGAGGACACGGAGACAGACUGGAGGGGAAGCAGCGGAACAAAAGCAAGAGAAGAAGAAAGAGAAAGAGGACAAAGAGGAGAAAAAACGUCAGGAGGCUGAGAAAAAAAAGCAGAAGGAACGCGAGAAGAAGGAACAAGAGGCCCGGAAAAGAUUCAAAUUGGUUGGUCCCCUGGAGGUCCUUCAGAAAGGAAAGGCAUCCACAGAUUGUCGAAGCAGCAAGACUGACCUUGGUCUGAAGCAGGGAGACCCCGUGGACAUCAUUCGAGUCCAGGGAAACCCCGAGGGUAAAUGGUUGGGAAGAGCACAGGAUGGAUCCAGUAGGUUCACAAUCUACCCCUCAAUUUUCUCACUUUCUCGUCACCUUCCACUCUAA